UUUACUCUUAUCUCGGAUUCACACUCCGAAAAAUUGAACCCUAUUCUUCACUUCACUGCACCAUCACCAGCUAGGGUUUACCGAGGGUUUCACUCUCCCUCUCCCUUCUCUCCAACAAUGGCGAAACCUGGCCGAGGCCGUCGUUCGCCGCCGUCGGGUUCCGUUUCCGGCUCCUCCUCUCGCUCCUCCUCCCCGUCCUCUUCUCGCUCAUCAUCUCGCUCCCGCUCGCUCUCGCGCUCCAGAUCUUUCUCUUCCUCCUCCUCUUCUCCUUCCCGCGGCGGUUCCCGCAGCCGCAGCCCUCCUCCUCAGCGGCGGAAAAGUCCUGUUGAAGCAGCUAGGCGAGGUCGAUCUCCUCCUCCUUCUAAGAGAGCUUCCCCUCCUUCUAAGAGAGCUUCUCCUCCCCCAAGGAAACCUUCUCCUACACGUGAAUCACUUGUUCUGCACGUAGAAAAACUCAGCAGGAAUGUCAAUGAAGGCCAUUUGAAAGAAAUUUUCAGUAACUAUGGUGAGGUUGUAAGUGUGGAGUUGGCGAUGGAUCGAAUUGUGAAUCUUCCAAAAGGAUAUGCAUAUGUGCAAUUCAAGGCAAGAGGGGAUGCAGAAAAAGCAUUGUUGUACAUGGAUGGUGCCCAAAUAGAUGGCAACGUCAUUAAGGCAAGAUUUACUCUACUUCCAAGACAGAAAGUUUCACCACCCCCUAAGCCUUCUGCUCUUGCUCCGAAGAGAGAGGCCCCUAGGACUGACAAUGCUGGUGCUGAUAUUGAAAAGGAUGGGCCGAAGCGUCAAAGAGAAUCUUCUCCUCGGAGAAAACCCCCUCCCUCACCACGGAGGAGGUCUCCCGUGCCUCGAAGAGUUGGAUCUCCAAGACGACCAGAUUCUCCUCGCCGUCGUGUGGAUUCUCCUGUCCGUCGUCGACUAGACUCUCCUUAUCGUCGUGGAGGUGACACACCUCCUAGGAGGAGGCCUGUGUCUCCUGGAAGAGGUCGCUCUCCAUCUCCACCAAGGCGCCUAAGAUCACCUGCAAGGGUUUCACCUAGAAGGUUGCGUGGAAGCCCUGGUCGGAGACGUUCUCCUCCUCCUCCUCCAAGGCGCCGUUCACCACCUCCUAGACGAGCUCGUAGUCCUCCUAGAAGGUCUCCCAUCGGUCGUAGGCGCAGUCGCUCUCCAAUACGUAGGCCUGCACGCUCAAACUCAAGAUCAUUCUCACCUCGCAGAGGUCGACCACCUGUUAGACGGGGGAGAUCAUCAUCCUUCUCUGACUCACCAAGUCCACGGAAGGUAUCUCGGAGAUCAAGGAGUCGCAGUCCUAGAAGGCCUUUGAGAGGAGGAAGAGCCAGUAGCAACAGUAGCAGUAGCAGUUCACCACCACCACCACCACCUCCUGCUCGCAAACCUUAGAGAAUUCCUGUGUACCUAUUGACUCUUUGUUGAUAUGUUUAUCAAUGUUCUGUACCAACUACAAAGAAGUUAUUCUAGCUGUUAUGUGCUUGGGAUAAUUGUCGCUUUCUAUAAUUGUUUUCAAGUAGCACAUAAAAUAGAUUGGGAAACUCAGUUCUAUUCA